AUGGGUCUUCUAGAAUUCAAGGAGUGGUCCAACCAACCGGACCUCUUCUCCGACAAGUCGCGGAUGUGCUCGAAGCUCCGCGGUCUGACGCCUGGACAGCGGCGCGUUUGCCGACGCCACAAAGACCACAUGCCGGCUGUUGGCGCUGGCGCAAGGCAAGGUAUCACCGAGUGCCAGUAUCAGUUCAAGAGCCGAAGAUGGAACUGCACCGUGACCGGCGAUGAAACGGUUUUCGGGCCGCUGACUUUGAUCGCCUCAAGAGAAACGGCCUUUACGAACGCGAUCACCUCGGCUGGCGUCUCGCUGGCGAUCUCCCGGGCGUGUAGAGAUGGCCGACUGGCCAGCUGUGGCUGCAGCCGAAGUGCCCGACCCAAGAAUCUGCAUGAAGACUGGGUUUGGGGCGGCUGUGGGGACAACCUGCAGUAUGGAUACAAAUUUACUGAAGGGUUCGUGGAUAUAAGGGAGCGCGAGAGAAAAGUGAAAAGAGGCAGUCGCGAGCAGGGGCGCCAGCUGAUGAACCGACACAACAACGAGGCUGGCAGAAGAGCUGUCAUUAAGAAGUCAAGGGUGACGUGCAAGUGCCAUGGCGUUUCUGGUUCCUGCAGCCUCAUCACUUGCUGGCAACAGCUGCCAUCGUUCAGAGAGAUUGGGGAUUACCUCAGGGACAAAUAUGAAGGCGCCACAGAGGUGAAAGUGUCCAGACGAGGUAAACUACGCCUGAGCAACCCGCACUACAGCUUACCGACGGCUCACGAUUUGGUAUACUUAGAAGAAUCACCUAACUACUGUGUAAAAAAUGAAACGCUUGGCUCCUUGGGUACCACAGGGCGGGAAUGUAACAGGACGUCACCUGGAAUGGACGGGUGCUCCCUGAUGUGCUGCGGCAGAGGUUACAAUACGAAGAAGAUGGUAAUCAGAGAGCGUUGCGAGUGUAAGUUCCAUUGGUGCUGCCGUGUCGACUGUAAUACAUGUGUUCGAACCGUUGAAUUUCACACUUGUAAAUAG